UUGAGGCCAAAUCUGGCUCCUAAAAACAUCAAAGAAGCCUGCACCAAGAGCCUUUCAGGGCUACCUCAGAAGCCUGUCAUCACCCACUGUGUGGUGCAGAAUGGUGCCCCCAACAGGUGUGCUUUCAUCAUUGCUGCUGCUGGUAACCAUUGCAGGUUGUGCCUGUAAGCAGUGCAGUGAAGGGAGGACGUAUUCCAAUGCAGUCAUUUUACCUAACUUGAAAACCACCAGAAUCAUGCGGGUGCCUCAAACCUUCCCUGUGGUGGACUGCACGGCUGCUUGCUGUGACCUGUACAGCUGUGACCUGGCCUGGUGGUUUGAGGGCCGCUGCUACCUGGUGAGCUGCCCACACAAAGAGAACUGUGAGCCCAAGAAGAUGGGCCCCAUCAGGUCUUAUCUCACCUUUGUGCUCAGGCCUGUCCAGAGGUCUGCCCAGUUGCUGGACUAUGGGGAGAUGAUAUUGAAUAGGGGUUCCCCUUCGGGAGCCUGGGGGGACUCACCUGAGGAUAUCAGAAAGGACUUCCCCUUUCUAGGCAAAGAUCAGGGCCUAGAGGAGAUGUCUGAGUACUCAGAUGACUACAGGGAGCUGGAGCAGGACCUCUUCCAGCCCAUCAGUAAGCAGGAGCCUAGAGGGAGUGCCGAGUACACCGAUUGGGGCCUGCUUCCUGGCAGCGAGGGAGGCUUCAACUCCUCUGCUGGAAACAGCGCUACAGCAUCAGCAGAGAAGCAGCAGGACCCAGAGCUCCACGCAGUGAAUGAGUCGGCUUGGACCCCUGCCCCAGAGAGAAGUUUGUUGCUUCCCUUGGCAACUACUCCAUCUUCACAAGAGGUAUUGGAAAAAGAAGAGGCUUUGCAGCCCCAGGAACAAUCCAGCAACAGCUCUGGGAAAGAGGUUCUCAUGCCUUCCCAUAAUCCUCCAGCCAGCCUGGAAUUCAGCCCAGCCCCUGUGGAGCAAAGCCCUGCUGUCACAGUCACCCCAAGGAGCACAGAGUACAGCAUCCCAACACUGCCCACUAGCGCUGUCCCCUCUGGGCCCACCCCAUCUGAGCAGCCCGUAUCUCCUACCACUGCUCCCAGGACAGUGAAUGAACUUACGGUGUCUGCUGGGGAUAACCUAAUAAUAACUUUACCCAACAAUGAAGUUGAACUGAAGGCCUUUGUUGUGCCAGCGCCACCUGCAGAAACAACCUACAACUAUGAGUGGAGUUUAAUAAGCCACCCUGUAGAAUACCGAGGUGAAAUAAAACAAGGACACAUGCAAACUCUUAACCUCUCGCAAUUGGCAGUAGGAUUUUAUGCCUUCAAAGUAGCCGUUUCUAGUGAAACUUCUUUUGGAGAAGGAUUUGUUAAUGUCACUGUUAAGCCAGCCAGAAGAGUCAACCUGCCACCUGUAGCAGUCAUUUCUCCCCUGAUACAAGAGCUCACUUUGCCUUUGACGACCCCCCUUAUCGAUGGCAGCCGUGUAUUUGGCAUUGUUCUUACAACUCUGGCUUCCUCUUCUUUUUGUAGGUUGACCAUCACAGACUUGGAUGGAGCCACUAACUCCACCACUGCAGCCCUAAUAGUCAACAGUGCUGUGGACUACCCCCCAGUUGCCAGUGCGGGACCAAAUCAGACCAUAACUUUGCCCCAAAACUCCAUCACUUUGAAUGGAAACCAGAGCAGUGAUGAUCACCAGAUUAUCCUCUACGAGUGGUCCCUGGGCCCCAGGAGUGAGAGCAAAGAGGUGACCAUGCAGGGAGUACAGACACCAUACCUUCACUUAUCUGCAAUGCAGGAAGGAGAUUAUACGUUUCAGCUGAUGGUGACAGAUUCUUCAAGGCAACAAUCCACUGCUCUGGUCACCGUGAUUGUCCAGCCUGAAGACAACAGGCCUCCAGUGGCUGUGGCCGGCCCCGAUAAGGAGCUGGUCUUCCCAGUGGAAAGUGCCACCCUGGACGGGAGCAGGAGCAGUGAUGACCACGGCGUUGUCUUCUACCACUGGGAGCACGUCAGAGGCCCCAGUGCGGUGGAGAUGAAAAAUAUCGACAAAGCGAUAGCCACUGUCACCGGUCUUCAGGUGGGUACCUACCACUUCCGUUUAACGGUGAAGGACCAGCAGGGACUGAGCAGCACGUCCACCCUCACCGUAGUGGUGAAGAGGGAAAAUAAUAGUCCUCCCAGAGCCCAGGCUGGUGGCAGACAUGUUCUUGUGCUUCCCAAUAAUUCCAUUACUUUGGAUGGUUCAAGGUCUACUGAUGACCAAGGAAUUGUGUCCUAUCUAUGGAUCCGGGACGGCCAGAGCCCAGCAGCUGGAGAUGUCAUCGACGGUUCUGACCACAGUGCGGCCCUGCAGCUUACGAACCUGGUGGAGGGGGUCUACACUUUCCACCUGCGGGUCAUUGACAGGCAGGGGGCCUCAGACAUGGACACUGCCACUGUGGAGGUGCGGCCAGACCCUAAGAAGGGUGGCCUGGUGGAGCUGAUCCUGCAGGUUGGUGUCGGGCAGUUGACAGAGCAGCAGAAGGACACCCUGGUGAGGCAGCUGGCGGUGCUGCUGAACGUUCUGGACUCAGAUAUUAAGGUUCAGAAGAUCCAGGCCCAAUCAGACCUCAGCACCGUGAUUGUGUUUUAUGUACAGAGUGGGCCACCUUUCAAGGUUCUCAAAGCUGCCGAAGUGGCCCGAAAUCUGCACAUGCGGCUCUCAAAGGAGAAGGCUGACUUCUUGCUCUUCAAGGUCUUGAGGAUUGACACAGCAGGUUGCCUUCUGAAGUGUUCUGGCCAUGGUCACUGUGACCCCAUCACAAAGCGCUGUGUUUGUUCUCAGUUGUGGAUGGAGAACCUUAUACAGCGCUAUAUCUGGGAUGGAGAGAGCAACUGUGAGUGGAGUAUAUUCUAUGUGACAGUGUUGGCUUUUACCCUCAUAGUGCUAAUGGGAGGUUUAACUUGGCUUUGCAUCUGCUGCUGCAAGAGACGAAAAAGAACUAAAAUAAGGAAAAAAACAAAGUACACCAUCCUGGAUAACAUGGAUGAACAGGAAAGAAUGGAACUAAGGCCCAAGUAUGGUAUUAAGCACCGAAGCACAGAGCACAACUCCAGCCUGAUGGUGUCUGAGUCUGAGUUUGACAGUGACCAGGACACAAUCUUCAGCCGAGAAAGGAUGGAAAGAGGGAAUCCAAAAGUUUCCAUGAAUGGCUCCCUCAGAAAUGGAGCUUCUUUCAGUUAUUGCUCAAAGAACAGAUAAUGGAGCAGUUGUAAAAUGGGAGGCCCCCAAAGGAGUCUGCAUCAGGACCAGUCAGUGGGAGUUAAAACACAAAACCGACUCUUGUUAGAAUAGCACAUGGACAUCCUUUUGCAGUGGGCUGGAUGUGUGUUCGCACAUAUUAAAAGACCUGUUUUCUUGGGGCUUUCAAGAUGUAAAACAAAACAAAAAUAUUGCUCUUUUAAUUGGGUUCUUAAUAGGAGUAAAGGCUGGGUCAAACUCUAAGGAACAUACUUAAAAGAGUUUUGUGUUUUUGUAGCUGGCACAAUAUUAUAUUGGCCAUGUUAAAAUAAAGAUUAACACCUGUUUCUAUCUGUAGCACAUUAGGGAAGAUGAGUUAAACAAGGAUUUAAAGAGGGCUGAUUUCUCCCAGUAGCUGUGAUUGUUGAGGACAACUUUAUAAACACUGUUUUUCUUUUAGGAAAAGAUUCAGUUGGCUGUGAGUAUUGAAGUAGUUUAUCCUAGCAGUAUGGGUCAUCUUCUGUGCAGUGAAUUUUCUGUGCUGACAGCAAUGCUCAUGCACAGCAAAGUCCUCCUGUUUUUACUCCUUUGCUAUGUUUUCUCUAGAAAGCAGCUCUUGGAAGUUCAAGAGCUAAAGAAGAAUUGUAUUCUAAGGACAGAAGACACUAGGGAGGCAGGAGGGGUUUAAUGACUUGUAGAUUGAAAGCCGAAGGUAGCAUUUUAGUAUUCUUUAUCUUUUCUUUUUCUAAGAAAAACAAACUACACUGAGGCCUCUCUUAGCCCCAGUUUCCAUUAAACACAAUAAAAGUGAUUAUUAAUUCAUUAAACAUUUCUUGAGUAUGCAGGCCAUGCAUUUGGACAGCCAUAGAAAGGGAUAACGACCCAGCAACUGUGUAUAUAUUCUGAAACUCUGAAAUACAGUCAGUCUUAAGUAGGAUGGUAUGGUCAUGAUACUCUGGUCCCCUACAGGUACUUUGUAUAAUAAUAAGUGGACAUAGACAUAUACACUUCACAUGUUUAAAAAGAUAUUUAUUAAAGUUUUUGUAUGAAAUUAAUCUUAUUUUAAAGAUAUGGAGGGAAAAAAAUCAAACCAUUCCCACCCACAAAGCAGCAUCCCAGAGCAAUUAGCUGGAGUUAACUGUAGCCUGCCAUGGUGAUUGGCUCGUGGUGGUUUCUUCUCCACUCAUGGUCCUGACACUGGGGGCCUUGCGUUUUUUGGUGGGAAGAGUAGAAGUUUAGAAGCAGUGCUGUGGCUUCGAGUAUGACCACACCUGUACAAUAUCCUGUUGCACAAGGCUUUUGUAACACGUGGGGAAACUAGGAUCGCUUUACUGAUUGAGAAGAGAAGCAAGGCCUCUAAACCAUCAGAAAAUGUGUCCAGUGGGUCCCUGGAAAAAUUUAAGCUUUUAGGUGCUUUUGCCAUCUCCAGGAAUAUUCAUCCUCAUGGGACCAUCUUGUCUUUAAUAAUUGUACUUUACUGGGGAAUGUCAGAACUAAAAAGUAUAGGCAUGUAAUUUUAUUUUUUAAUUUCUUUGCUUAUGUGUAUACUUUCUGUACAGCUAGCCACUUCAAUAUUAUCUAUAGCAUUAGAAGGAAAAGGCGAUGCUUUUUAUACCAGUAUUUAGCUUCAUAAACUUAAAAUAGCCUCUACCCAGUUAUUUUUGCGCACAACUGGAAAUUUCUGGUGUAGAGGAUGCAGCCCAAAUGUGAAGUCAGAGAGCUUGAUGAAGAAGGGAGUGGAUAUUUAUUGCUUGUACAUAGCAUAUGCGUUUUACAUACUCAAUUGAUCCUUAUAAUCAACCCUGUGAAGGAGAUAUUAUUAUAUUAUUAUUCUUAAGUUGCAGAUAAUCCUGUGAAGGUCCAGAGAGGUUAAGUAACUGGCCUGAGUUCACAGCCAGGAAGUGGUGGAUCUGGAAAUUGAAUGGAAAUUUUUUAAACUGCAAAAUCCUGCUUUUCACUUGUACCCAAAGAACUCUUAUGACAACUGUCGGAGGGCAAAUUCUGGUGGACCUUCUGGAUCACCUGAAAGUUCUGUUCCUAGGACUAAGGGAAUUCCUUUUGAGUGUCCAGAGAGCAAAAGACAAAGGGAGAGAUUGCCUGUCCAGUCUCUCCUUUUGGAUUGCAUCCUGGGCGACCCCUUCCUCUAGGUUUGCAAUGUGCGGCUUCUGCCCCUCCUCCUUCUCUGUCCCUGGCCACCUCAGCCUGGCCUCUCUGGUCCUUGCACCACAGAGGGAUCUUGAAUCUGUGGGGAACCAAAACUGAACAUCAGACUAGUGAUCAGAAAGCAGGUCCUCUCUUGUUAUCCCACUCCUCAUCAGAGGACCAGAGUGAGGUGGAAGGACCAGCCAGCAUUCUUGGUCUUGUGCUGCUCAUCACUAAGGGUCUUUGGGAGAUAAAGCUCUCCAAGAGCUUUGGACAGACAGACAGAAACAGGCCCUAGAAUAUGGGAGAGGGCACUUGUAGGGUGCACGUGCUAAUAAGCAACUGUACUCUUAGUUGUUGGUUUAGAUUCAAUGAAGAAUUCAAACCCAUAGCAUUAAGAGGCUAAGCAUGUUUAUGACUAAAGAACCUUCUGAAAAACAUGCAGCAAGGUAAGAAUACUGACCACUCAGCAUGCCGAUGAUGCCACCCUUGUGGGCAGGAAGGAGGGGACUACCAUUCUUUUUGUGUGUGCCCAAGCUGUUAUGGACUCUAAGUGUUGGUUUUAUUUUUUUUUAAUGUAUUAUUUUCCCCCAUGUGUUGACAAGGUAUCAUUUCUAGUGUAACACUAUUAAAUUAUUGUACUAAUCUAAA